UACUUGCAAAGACAGCAGAAUCAACACAGCACCAAUGGCGUCUCCGGCGGCCACCUCUCGGCCAGCCAUCCUCCUCCUCCUGGUGGUCGUUCUGGCCCUCAACGCCGGCGGUGCCGGCGCGGCCACCUUCUACGUCACCAACCUCUGCCCCUUCCCUGUGUGGCCGGCCGCCAUCCCGACCGGCGGCGGCACCCAGCUCAACCCCGGCCAGACGUGGCUCGUCCAGGUACCAGCCGGCACCACCGGCGGCAGGAUCUGGGGGCGCACGGGCUGCUACUUCGCCGGUGACCACGGCGGGUGCAGCACUGGCGACUGCGCUGGCGCCAGGAGCUGCGUCCUCUCCGGCAAGCCACCGGCGACCCUGGCGGAGUUCACCAUCGGCGGCGUCGACGCCGGCGCCGUGGACUUCUACGACGUCUCGGUGGUGGACGGCUUCAACGUACCCAUGGACUUGAAGUGCCUCACCGCCGGCGGUGACCCGGUCCGGUGCAGGGACCCUGGCUGCGCCGACGGCAGCCACCCCGGCGACGCGAGGGUCCGCACGUGCAGGGGCAACAGCGACUACCAAGUAAUCUUCUGCCCAUGAGUGACUGCUGCUGCUGGUAACUUUACACUAAGCUGGUGUACUAGUGCCAAUGUUUUCGGGGAUGAAUAAAGUUGUGUGAUAUGCAUGAUGAGGUGUUCGUUCUCUAAUGUUCUCUAUCUUUGUGUGUGUUCGACGAUAAACCCACAUCAAAUAUCAGUCGUGAAUGAUGAUGUAG